GGUUGCUCAGAUUGGAUCUCCGCCGGAACCUAGUGAAGGUGGUGGAACUAAAGGUGUCAUAAAUAAAGGGUGGGUCGUGAGGCAGGGGAGGGGCGCCUGUGUGUCUCGGAACUCUCAUAAUGCUUUGGCUUCUGCUCAGAGUGCAGCGCCCGUGCCCCACUGGCCUGGGUCGCUGUGCCCGGGAGCCUCCGCAUAGCAUGUCCCCAAUGCGCCUCUGGUUCCCAUGGCUUGUCUUCAUGUGGCAACCAUUGUGGCUUCUGGCCCAGGCAGCUCAGCCUCUAGAGUGGGCCCUGGACCCUGUCCAGUGGACCUCCGACCCCCCGGGGCUGACCGAGCCUUGGUCUCCACACUCCUCAGACCCCCCUCCCGAAUCGCCCUAUGCGAUUACACCCCCGGCAGACUCCGGGGGCUUUAAUGACUUGUCCUCCUCUCAAGACCAGAUGCUGGCGCUGCCUCAUCACGAGUUGACUGAGACUUUGGUUCCACACCCAAACCCGGAUUCACUCUCUAAUGCAAUUGUAGUUCUCUCCCCAGAGCAUCAUGUGACAACGGUUCCUCCUCUAGGUCAGGAUCAAGCUCAGCUUCUGCAGCGGCCCACUGUCACUGUUAAACCUGUGGAUCUUGCACUUGCCGUAACUCCAGCAUUCACUAACGAGGUUGAAAGUUCUCCAUCCCAACAAGAAGCCUCAGCCCAGUUCACAGUGUCCCCUGAGCAGGUGAAACCUUUGUCAGUCCAGCAAGAGGUUUCAGAUCAGCCUCCAACCGCCUCUGAAAAUGUUGAACCUUCUCCAGUCCAGCAGGAGCCCCCAACUCAGCCUCCAUCCCCCGAAGUGACACUUCCAAGUCCAGAGCAGGUUCAGCUUCCACAUCCAGCCUUGACUGAGGUCACAGUUCAACCUUUGGACCUGGAAACUACGUUAACUCCAGAAUCCAGUAUGGAGGCUGAACCUUCUCCAACCGUGCAGCAGCCCCAAGCUCAGCCUCCAGGGGAAGUUGUAGCUCAGUCUCCAUCGCAUCCCGAGGUGCCGGUUCCAGCACCAGAUCAGGCUCAUGCUGAGCCUCCAACAUCACCCACGGUCACAGUGAAACCUUUGGACCUGGGACUUACCAUAACUUCAGAGCCUGCUAUGGAGUCUGGAUAUUCUACAGCCCUGCCGCAAACUCCAGCCCCACCUCCCAAACACCCUGAGGUGACGCUUGCACAGCCAACCCUGACUCAAGUCACAGUUCCACCUGUGGACCUGGGACGUACCAUUUCUCAGCAACCAAGUCCAUCUGAGACAGUUCUUUUUCCUUCAUCUCAGGUUUCAGUAUCCACAGGUCUUCCUGGUAUAAACUAUACCCCCCAAAAGAAGCAAGCAGAACAGAAUGCCACCAUGGACAUCAACAUCUGUGAGCUCUGUACCUGCGAAGAUGAGACGCUGUCCUGUGUGGGUCUCAGCCCAAAGCAGAAGCUCCACAGAGUGCCUGAGCCACAGCCCAACACCUACAAGGGCAUCUUCACCACCGUAAAUUUCCAAGGAAACUCUAUUUCUCACAUUGAUGAAAAUGUGUGGAAGGCAUACCGUUGGACUGAGACACUGAUUCUCAGUGACAAUCAUUUGACUGAAUUACAUAAGGACUCCUUUAAAGGCUUGCUAUCCCUCCGGUAUUUAGAUUUAUCCUGCAAUAAAAUACAGUAUAUUGAAAGAGGUACAUUUGAAGCAUUACCUUUUUUGCAGUUUAUAAAUCUAGGUUGCAAUUUACUCACAGAACUGAGCUUUGGAACGUUUCAGGCCUGGCAUGGAAUGCAGUUUUUACAUAAGGUAAUUCUCAAUCGUAAUCCUUUGACAACAGUUGAAGAUUCUUACCUUUUUAAUUUGCCGGCAUUAAAAUAUUUAGACAUGGGAAGAACACACGUGUCACUUACAACAGUUGAAAGCAUCCUGAUGAUGACCCUUGAAUUGGAGAAACUGAUCUUACCCAGCCGCAUGGCCUGCUGCCUCUGCCAAUUUAAAAAUACAAUUGAAGUUGUCUGUAAGACAGUCAAGCUGCGUUGCGAUGGUGAAUGCCUGACAAAUGCCAAACCUUGUGAUGAAGAAGCAUCUCUAGGGAAUGCAGAAGGAUCAUUCAUGAAGGUGUUACAAGCCCGGAAGAAGAACAACAGCACCGAGCUGACUGUUGAGCCAGAGAGGGCAUCCUCAGACCAAAGUGCUGUCAGCUUGCCAACCUUCAUGAAUGAGCAGCUGGACUCGAAUGCUGAAAGUGAUGUUAUCGGUGCACUAAAUUACAUACUGCCUUAUUUCUCAGAGGGAAAUCUACAAGAUGUGAAAUCAACAUUAUUACCAGUCAUUCAGCUUCUUUUUUCAAAUGUACAAGAUGCAGAUACGCUGCUGGGCCGUUUGGAAAACAAUAUAAGGAACCCUUCCAUCAACCCUAUACCCAAGAAUUCACCUUAUAAAAAUAAAUUGAGGAAACUCUAUUUUCUGGAAAAUUUGUUAGAUGCAGAAACUCAAGAACAAAUUGAUGAGGUUGAAAAGAAAGAAAAAACUGCCAUGCUUAUACAUUCCAAACUUUUAGGUCCCAAAUUUAAGCGCCCAAUCUUUCAAAAGAAAUUGGAAACUGCCGAACCACAGGAAAACAGUCUAGCAAAGACUGAGAGUGUAGGGGAAAGGCUGCUGAGAGGGAACAGCGUCCUCAAGGGCCCAAGGGGCAUAAAGAAAAGGCACUUCAAAGCAGUGGGAGAUGAGAGCGUCAGGAGGAAACAGAAUGCCCAGCCAUUUGUGGAGAACACUGCCAGAGAAAGAAGUCUCACGAGGCCAUCCCCAAUAGAGCUGGAACAGCUUCACAUGGUGCAGAGGCCCCAGAAGUUAGUGGGAAACUCCUUCAACACAGAGCCUGCAUUCAUAAAGGAAGAUAAGGCAGCAGUCUCUUCUUUCCUGAAACAGUAUUCAAGGGGCAGGCUUUCUGGCUCCAUCCCUCCAAACUCCCCAUCUCAGGUUAAAAAGAAAUCAAAAGACUUACCCUCCACUAUUGCUGUUUUAGAAGAUGCAUAUGCUAGAGUUAUAAAUCUGGCAGCUUCUGAAUUAAUCUCACAUUCCGGGAAAAAAUACAUCUUCCAUAAAAUUCGGUCUGGUCUGGUCCACAGAAGACCCGAAGCCGAAUUGCGUGGAAAGUUCACAGAGAAAGGUUCUCCCAGUAGAACGAUGCUUGUGAGGCAUCCUUUCUCUGCAGUGAGGAGCCUCAUAAAUUCCCCUCCAAGAGAGGCUUUUUCAUCUUCAGGAGAACUGACUUCUCAAGAAAAUCUUUUUCCAGAAUUAUUUUCUCUUUCAGACCCUUCUACAGAAAAUCCUACUCCAGAAAGCAAUACUGCACAAAAUGUCUUUGAAGAAAUUACAAACUCUAUUCUGCCAGGAGGAACUGGCCACGGAAUCACUGCCCAUAGGAGUGUCCCCACGGCACAUUCUGCUGUUGCUGCAGACAACUUUAUCCCAACUGUUCAAAACACAAACGAAGCACAGUGGGAGGACCACAGCGUGGGCACUGGAUUAUCCUCUAAGCCCCCAGGCUCCACUUUCCCAGCACCCACAUCCCUGGGUGAUCAAUUUGAAGCUCAGCUAAACCAGCAGCUAUGGUCCCUCAUCCCCAGCAAUGACGUGAGAAGGCUCAUUUCUCAUGUUAUCCGGACUUUGAAAAUGGACUGCUCAGAGACCCAUAUGCAGCUGGCCUGUGCCAAGCUCAUCUCCAGAACAGGCCUCCUGAUGAAGCUCCUCAGUGAGCAACAAGAAGUAAAGGCAUCGAAGGCAGAAUGGGAUACGGACCCGUGGAAAACCGAGAACUAUAUCAGUGAGAGCGCAGGAGCCCAGGGUGAACAGAAGGAGCAGGAGCCCAGUGAGCUCACAAAAGAAGUUCCAGGAUAUGGCUAUAACAAGAAACUCAUCUUGGCAAUAUGUGUAACUGGAGUAGUGAUGACUUUCAUUAUCAUUUUCUGUCUCAUUGAGAUUCAUGCUCACAGGGUAGCAGCAGCAGCAGCAGCACAGGGAGAUGAAGAAACAGGGCAACUGCCCAAGGGCCACAAAAGGGGCUUUUUCCCCUUUCUUCUGCGAAAGAGAAGCUCAAGGGAAGGCGAGAGUCAGGAGGGCUUUCACUGGAGAAGGCGGCCACUUUGGCUUAGAGAUAUGUAUAGACCUCUCAACGCCACACGUGAGAAAAACAUGGCACAGAAGCUACACGACCAGCAGUCUUCUGAUGAGGAUGAGAUUUUCCACAAGGAUGUGGGGGAAGGCAGCAAAGCCCCAGCAGAGGAUGUUUAGGCUGCAGAUUCGGCUGCUGGAGAGACGGGUGAGGAAAGUGAGGCCGCACACGAGACCGCGGCAGUGUGAGCCCCGUCCUGCCUCAGGCCAUCUGCACAUUUCAUUUUCCAGGAUUGGC